UUUUCCGCCGUCUUGCUUCCCCUUCCGUCCGCUUCCCUCCUCCUCCUCCCCUCCUCCUGUCUCUCUCUCGCUACCCUCUCGCUCCCAGAAGACUGUUGGGCCACCGCCGCGCUAGGCCAGGUGCUGAGGCUUUCCUUGGUUUCUUCGCCGGCGACGAGCACCCACCAGGUGUACACCCAUGUCCCUUUACUGGAUCCGCCCCUGUAGGUGCUGAUAUACUGAAAUCAACAUAUGAUGGUGCGCAAGAGAUUGGUUUAUAGAUCCCGUGGCCGUCGAAUUCCAACUAUGCCACGUGUUCCAAACUCAGCUCGGGGAAAACGCUCUACCAGAAGAAACAAAGAUGAGAAUGAUAUGUGUGCAUUUGAUUUGCUCGCAACUGUAGCAGGAAACUUAUUAGCAGAUCAGGACAAUUCAUCGAAUGUUCCUAAUACCAAUGCAGCAAAAGCUAAAAAAAGGAAAUCAUUUAAGGAAGAACACUUCGACGAAAUUCUGCCUCUAAAAGAUGUGGCUAUGGAGAAAGAUGUGGGUUCUGGGAGUGUCAGUGCCUUUCCUAGGCAAGCUAACAACUGCUUGGCAGAAAACUCGUCGACAAGAAAUGAAGCUGAAUCAAUAUUAGAGUCACUAACAAUGAAAUCAGAUAUGUUAGCAAAAAUUCCUGAGUGUGGAUCUCAUGGAAUACACCAUCCAGGACCCUCCAGUUCAGUAGAGCCUGAACAAGUGCAGAAAGCUGAACCUAAAGUGAUCAGAAGACAAGCAGAUGGGCAUGCUGUGGCUUACGAUAUAUUUGACUCCGUGGAUGUGAAUGGCAAACCACCGGCUUUGGUUAGUUCUGACAGUAGCUCAUGUGUUCCUCUGAGCAGCCAUGACAAGGAACAUCAAACCUCUUCCUUGUAUCAGGGUGAAGUGCAGUAUGCUGCAGAUAGAGAUGAUGAUGAAAAUUCUUCUGGGUGCACGCAUCCAAGCACCAUAGAAAAUAAGGGUUGCAAACCACAAUAUCUAGGUAACCAUAGGAUAAGGAAAUUGCUUGCCUCGAAGGUAAGGAAGGCAGCACGUAAUAAGAUUUGUGGAGGGAUUCCGUCAAAAAAGAUCUAUGGAGGGUUGUCAAACAAAGGUAGCAAGCUAAACUUAUGUGGGAAAAAGAUAUCCACCACACGUCAAAAGGUGCAAAGGACGAUUUUCAAGAAGAAAAAGCUAGCACAUCAUACAACAUCUUUUGCUAAAGAGAUGCUAACUGAAGCUAGCAGGACAUCGUUUGCUACUGGAGGUCAAAAUAAAUCGUGUGAAUCUGAGAACUACCACGUUAAGCUAAGAAUCAAAUCAUUCAACAUCCCAGAAUUGUUCAUUAAGGUCCCAGAAAAUGCAACUAUUGGAUCACUGAAGAGAACUGUCAUGGAUGUUGUCAAUAGUAUAAUGGAAGGUGGUCUACGCGUUGGUGUUCUUCUUCAAGGAAAGGAUAUCCAAGACGACAACAAGACACUUCGUCAAGCUGGGAUAUGCCAUGAUAAAAAGCUAAAUAACAUAGACUUCACGUUGCAAUGCGAACGUGAGCGAGAGUCUCCCUCUGGAGUCAUUAUACCAGAACAGAUGGAUUUCCUCACUGCAGAUAUGGUGGAGCCAUUAGCUAGGAUGAAGUGUGAAGAACCUUUUCCUGAAGCUGAUGUUGGAGAUGACAACCAGCAUUCUAAAGCACCUUAUCGAAGCCGCUCUCUCUCUGAUCUCUACUCUGUUCAGUGUCCUGUUGAGAUGGCUUCACAAGACACAUCAGCAAGCUCCCAAGCCAUCAUCCCCGUUUCACCUGCACCUUCAGACAUAGGUGCUCUAGCCAUUGUGCCCCUUUGUAAGUCCAAGCGAUCUGAAAUUGGGCAAAGGCGCAUAAGGAGGCCCUUCACUGUUGGUGAGGUUGAGGCGCUGGUGGGAGCGGUUGAACAGCUUGGGACUGGAAGGUGGAGAGCUGUUAAAACGCUUGCCUUUGACAAUAUAGAGCACAGGACCUAUGUCGACCUUAAGGACAAGUGGAAGACCCUGGUUCACACUGCAAGUAUAUCCCCGCAACAGCGAAGAGGUCAGCCAGUUCCACAAGAACUCCUGGACCGUGUCCUCGCAGCGCAGGCCUACUGGUCCCAGCACCUCCAGGACAAGCCCCGGGGCAAGGCUCGUCUUCUCCCUGAGAUUUGCUUUCCCUAGAAAGGGUAGCGUGUCCUUGUGUAAAUGUUGUGCCUAAUAGAAACAAUGUAGAAGGGAUGUCCAAAGAAACCAGAGUAAUUUGUGUGUUAUUGCAUACUUACAACAUUUAUUGUUCUUUUCAUGCUCUGCUCUUUGGUCUCUGUUGAAGCCAGGGUUCUGUCUCAUUUGUGGAUAAAUAAGGGAGAGAACCUUGUUUGGCACUUGUAAAUGGUGUCGCAAACUUGCCAUGUUUCAUAAGCCUUUGACA